CCCAGCCACCCGUCAGUCCCGAGUCCGGGCGCAAUUGCAUCAUGGCAUCGUCCACGCCAGGCUGACUCUGCGCCGCCAUCACACCACGACCGAGGUCUCGCACUCCUUCAUUCUCCCUCUUCGAUUCUCUUGAUCUGGCGACGUCGCAGCCUCUGCAAGCGCCUCCUUUCUCUUCCCUCGCUCUUUCCCGCGCCUGUGUUUACUCGAACCCCCGCCGUUAGCGCCGGCAGCUCCGGCCAAGCUCCGCCAGGUACCGCUGUCGUCCGCGGCAACGCGCAUGCCCUCGACCCUUUCCGCUCAAACAACCACCGCGUCGCCCACACCCCAUCGCAGAAUGCCUGCAAUACCCAUACCCAUUGACGCGACAUCGCUGCAACCAGGCAGCCUCGCUCCCCGCCAUCCCGACGCCUCCAGCCUGAUAGCGCGACGGCCGGCAAUUCAACUCUCCUCAGACAGCGCACUCGCUCCAGAUGCUCUCAGCGGAAGAUCCAUAGAAGGAAGGGCGGUAGCGGGCAUUAUUCCGACAUAUUACAGGGUUGAUGGCCCUGGAAGCGGAGCCGUGGUCGGCAUUGUCCUAGGCAGUGUCGCUGGGUUUCUGGUCUUAAUAUGGCUGCUGUAUUCCCUCACGAACGUGUCGGGCAAUGCUGUUGCCGGCGAGGAAGAAAUUGUCGUACGAAGGCCGCGCAAUUCGCACUCUGGCCGGUCGCGACGGAGCACUCGCACCGAAGUGCGCGAGUACAGCAGGAGUCCGCGGAGAUCGGGAGGAGGGCGGUCACAAGUCAUCGUAGAAGAGCGGAGGGCGCCUAGGCCGAGGAGUGUCGUGGUGGAGGAGAGGGUGCGCGUGCCGCACGAUGAUGUUGUCGAGGUGAUCGAAGAGCAUGAUGAAUAUCGGACAAGACGGGGCAGUCGCAGAGGCAGCGGAUAUCGGUGAGAAUUCCUACCGCGGAUUGUCUCAGGAACCUGUAGAUAUUGAUGACGGGCCCGCUUGCUCCUCGCUUACUCGAAAUGUUGCCCACCAACCGUCGGCUACGUCGCCGCAGUCACCCUCAUCCUUACCGGCACAUUUGCGCACGAAAUCCGAUCCGAUACCCCUCCGUCUGAUUCUGUUACUUCUGUCCUUUUGGCGCACAUACUGCUGUGGCGCUGUAAUUUCUGCAAUUACACGGUACCUUUCUCUAUGUACAUUAUUUCGACGUUCUUCCAGCGUCUGGCGUUAGUUCCGGAAGCGAACUCGAAGCGGCUUCGGCGAGGUCGAAAUGAGCAUGAAGCCUGGAGUUUGGGGUCAUUGGGGGGAAUGGCAGGGGAACAUGUCUCGGAGCGGUCGGGG